AUGGCUUCGGUGGCCGUGCCCGAGCUGGAGGCGCUCGCGCGCCUCGCGCUGCUGCCCGAGGGUCAUGCGGCACAAAAAGAGGCACAGCGGUACCUUGGCGAGCUUGCACAGAUGCCGCUGGACGUGAUCGAGCAGCAGCCCGCACAGCAGGCGGCAAAUGUCAGCAUGCUCCAGCACCAGCUGGCAGACGUGUGCAUGCGCAACACGCCCAUGUUUGUCGAGGCACAGAGCGCUUUCUACGCGGUGCCGCGCUGUGCAGAGACAUGCUCGGGUGCGCUUGCGCGGAUAUCCGGCGAGCACGCAACCCAUAUUCAGGCGGCAGCGGCCGCAUUUGAGCAGGAUGCUCAGCGCGCGCUGGCGCGCCGCACGGCGCUCUUGCAGCUCGAAGAGACGUACGAUACGUCGCUGCACCAUCUGCUACAGAUCCCCUUGAUGAUCCGCGCGUGUAUUGCGCGGGGCGACGACGACGACGCGCUCGCGCUCGUGGACCACUUUUUCGGCGCGAUUCCGUCCGAGGACCGCGUCGCCGAGGCGCUGCGGGACGAGGUGCACACGGCGCUGCUGACGAUGCGUGUGCGCCUCCUUGCACAGCUCGAGGAGCCGCAGCAAAAGCUGCCCCAGGUGCGGCGGAUCGCUUCGGCGCUUGCCCAGGCUGCCAAAGCGGCGCCGCACUUUUCCGCGUCGGCGCUUGCCAUGGCGCCGGCAGACGUCUGUGGGAAGUUCCUCGCGGCACGGUACCGCGUCGUACAGAGCGCACUGCGCACAGACACUACCGAGGAUGCGCUCGAUGGAUGGAAAGAGGCGGUGCUGAAUGCAUGCACAGCGGCCCUCUCUGUCUUUGGCUCGGACACGCCCUCGGCGAUGCUUACUGCGUCGUUCGGCGCGCAGUGUGUGCAUGACUUGCAAGCGUAUCUAGAAGCGCGGCUCGCGUCCUUUGACGGGGCGCAUGAAGAGGGGGGCGUGACGCUGGCGACGCUGCAUUCCCGCCUUGCGUCCGUCUCGGCGAGCUGUGCGCAGAUCGGGCUGGACCUGGACGCGACGCCGGGCGUGUAUGUGCCGCUGGAGCAGGCCGCCUUGCGUCAGUGGACCUCGGCGCUGAGCACUGCCAUUGCACCGUCGCACGACGUGCCUGCGACGAGCGCCGGGAUCGCCGCUGCGCUCAAUGGGCUGCGCCACUUUGCCCCCCUUUCGCUCGAGGACGCUGUGUGGCAAUCGCUUGCGCUGCGUCUCGACGACGCGGCCGCGUGGCUCGGGAAGCACGAGGCGUAUCCUGCGCUGCUCAGCUGGUCCGGCGAGCAGCUUGCGGCGCUCUUUGGCGCCGAGCCCGGGCGCCUUGCGUCCUAUUCCCCCACGCUGCAAGCCUAUCUCGCUACGCGUACUGCUCGAGGUCCAGCGUAA